GGGAGAUGAAAACGUAUUAAAUAUCAAGUCUAUUUGUAUUUGAUCAAUGGUACGUAUUUAGUGGAAACGGUUGUCCAGUCACAUGUAGAAAGGAAAGGCGAGCGAGAAUACUUAGUAAUACUUAUACAGUAAUACGAAUUCGAAAUGUAAACAGAUGUAUAAUUUGAAAUUAUUAAAAGUAUUAUCACAUUAGAAAGUUAUAAAUAUAAUUGUAAAAAUGUCAGUUGUAUCUUCAAGGGUUAGCAGUGUCUCGUCGAUUCUAAAAACUCCUGGAGUUAGAUCACAACUUAUUAGACAAUCUAAUAGAGUACAUUUCAAACUUCCAAAAAAUCUCAAAAGUAUUAUCUAUAAUUUUGAAGCUGGUAAUGGAACAAAAGAUUAUGAAGAUUUAAUAUGUAUUCUACGAGAUUCAAAUAUAAAGGACACAGAUUUAAUAGAAUUUUUAUCAAAUGUAAGACAAUGUAUAUCAUUACUUGGUCCUAUCCACAAAGUAUUUGUAGAAACUCUUCUACAAAUAAAAUGGACAAACCGUUCUAUAGAUGUCACAUCUGCUUACAAAGCAUUUAUUGAAGAUUUAAUUUGUAUGCAAAUUCAUUAUGCUAAAAAUACAAUAGACAAUUUAGUUGAACAAUUUAAACCAGAUGAGGAUAACAAUGCUGAAUGGAAAAAUGAAGAAUGCAAAGAAGAAGAUAUUCAAAGAUUAAAUCAUAUACAUAAUGUCCUACAAAAAAUUUUAAAAGUUGUGCCAAUGUCAAGUAAACUUCUAUUGCAAUCUCUUAGAGCAAGGUUUCCAUAUAUUGUUCAUGGGACUCGUACGCAUGAAGUUUAUGUUUAUGCAUUAAUUCAAAUAUUAAGUUACGCACCACAGUUACGAUCUGAUAUUCUAUCUCUAAUUAUUAACAGGUUAAUGGUAUUAGAUGUAAAUAUACCACGUUUAGAGAUAGAAAAUGAAGAUGAUGAAGACUUAAUGGAUGAUACUAGCGAAUAUGACAGUAUACUUGGUAAUGUGAAUAAUGUUGAAGAAAAUAAUAUAACAGAAACAGAUAAAAUACAUCCAACAGCUCAUAAAUUGGAUAUGUGUAUGGAACUGAUCCUAAAUUAUAUGUACAACUGUUGUUUUAUUAACGGAGUUUUGCAAGUGGAUUGUUUAAGAAGUCUCUAUUUCGAUAUAUUGAAAAUAUUUGAAACAAUAAUAUUGCCCACUCAUGCGAGUCAAUAUGUGCAAUAUAUUAUGUUCUAUAUUUGUAGUUUUAAAACAGCUGUUGCGGAAGCUUUUGUAGAUUGGUUAUGGCGGAAAACAUCCGAUCCUAAUGUACCUUCUAUUAUACGACAAUCAUCUGUAGUAUAUAUUGCUAGUUUACUUGUUGCAGCAACAUUCGUUACAACUGGGUUAGUAAAAGUAGUCCAAUUUAAAAUAUCCAAAUGGAUACAUGAUUAUAUCAACAUGCAGGAUCAUUCAAACUAUAUAGAGGAUGAAAAUAAAGAACACAGUGUAUUUUAUUCUGUUUGUGAAGCACUGUUUCUUAUAAUUACUAAAAGGCAUAAUGAUUAUCCUGAUUCAAAAAAAUACAUGUUAUAUUUACAAGAGUUGGACUUAGCGAAAAUUAUAACUUGUAAACUAAACCCAUUGAAAGCUUGUCAUCCUGAAAUUGCGCAUAGUUUUGCGGAAAUUACCCGAAUAUAUCAAUUGGCAUAUUGUUAUACCGUAAUUGAAAAUAAUACACGGAAUCAACUUCCUCUUUUCGAUACUAAAAGAGGAACAACAUCUACAGUUGAAAUCUUUUCCCCAUUUAAUUCUUACACGUUACAACGAAGUGGACAGAGGAUAACUCCUGUAUUGCGUGAUAGUGUUAAUAGCAGGGAACAUAGAACAAGUAUGAAAUAUAGAGAAGAUAUUGAAUACAUGACUGAAUAUUAGAUUUAAUUCUUAAAAUUGAAUACAGAGUAUAUUCUCUCUGAAUUCAUUUGCGUGUAAUCAUCUUUUUAAAUAAAUUGAGUAUUUAUAAAAA